AAAGUGCAUAUUCUUUAGGUGGGAGAGGGUUAUUUGUUGGCAUAAUGGUGAUCCCCUGCUUGAUUAAGCACGGGAGUUGUUGAAAGGUAUUUUACUUUACAGCCCCUACACCUCGUGGUGAAAUUUUCAAUAUGGCUUUCGUUCGACGAUCACCGCGAGUACGUAAACAAGCAUGGAGGAAAGAAUGAACACAGAAUUACCUACUGGUCACGAGCUAGAAGGCAGCUCGUCAGCUGGCCGUUAUAAUGAAACAACAAAAACGAUAUUAACAACCAACACAGAGAAUCAGACUGGCGAUGUUAAGAAAACAACGACAACAGUGACUACGUCUGGUCCUUCCACUGCUCCGUCUUCCAAAAUAAUCGAAAAACAAGCACAAAAGCGGAUCUUCAAGAUUAUUGUGAUUGGCGAUUCCAAUGUUGGCAAAACAUGCCUCACAUAUAGGUUCUGUAGUGGUAAAUUCCCAGACAAGACAGAAGCUACAAUUGGUGUUGAUUUUCGUGAAAAGAUGAUUUUAGUGGAAGGAGAACAAAUCAAGUUACAACUGUGGGAUACAGCAGGGCAAGAAAGAUUUCGGAAGAGUAUGGUCCAACAUUAUUACAGGAAUGUGCACGCUGUUGUCUUUGUAUAUGAUGUUACAAAGAUCAGCUCAUUUGAGAACAUGCCAAACUGGAUUGAAGAAUGUGAUCGUCAUAACUUAAAUAAAGACAUUCCAAGAAUUUUGGUCGGCAACAAAUGUGACAUCAUCGAUAGAAUUGCUGUCAAUACCAAUGCAGCCCAGAAAUUUGCUGAUUCUCACAACAUGCCCCUUUUUGAAACUUCAGCUAAAGAUGAUGAGAAAGCGAACCACGUAGAAGCAAUUUUUAUGACACUGGCUCAUAAACUGAAGAACUCUAAACCAAUGAUGCCCAGCUAUAUCCCACGAUUCACCUCAGAAAGUUCACAGAUCACUAACAUUGGUUGUAGCCCUGAUAUUCAACAAGAUGACGGAAAGAAAGACUAUGGCUGUAGUUGUUAACUCUUUAAGACCCUUUUUAAUAGAUACCAGGUACAUUUACAAAGCAUUUAAUUCAUAUAAACAACCAUAUAUAUGUAUAUAAUUGUAAAAGGAUUCUUCUAGGUAAUAGAUGGGGGUUAAUUGUUUUACUAUUGGUUGUUUGUUUUAUUUUGCGGUGUGAUCACCAUUUCUUUAAAAAUCUCAUUUUAUUUUCAUAACUUGUUGAUUUAUAUAUAUAUGCUUACAUAUUUACAUUUUUAAUGCUUAUCAUUUUGUUAUGCCCUUUUUGUUAUGCUUUGUUUUAACUUGCAUAGAAAUAAAAGACAUUUGCAAUAUUUAACUUCUCAGUGAUUCCGCCUUUCCAUCCCUUUGCAGUUGAUAAAAAUUGUUCCAGUGAUAAAAUGAGAUCAAUCAUGUUGACUCUGGGUAUAAUAAAUAAAAUAUCAGUAUU